AUGAAGUCGGUGCCAAGCAAUCGGACCUCACCUAAUGAUAAGCGUCAUAGGAGCUCCAGCAGUCUGGCUGGAGCCGUGUUAGAGGGAACACGUUCCGAACGCAAAUUGGACAUGAAUGGUACGUUUCUAGCUCAUUUGAUGCAUACCUACACCUAUCUCACCUACAGAGUGACUUACCGGCCUCCGAAAAUCGCUGCAACUCAUGUAGCCUCUAUAUCGGAGAUGGCUGACCAGUUUGCGACAGCUGAAGUACGAUGCGACGACCUACAGGAUAAAAUCGAUUUGAUAAAAUCUUUAAAAAGGAAAAGGAAACUUAAAAAGCGAAGCAUAGGAAAAAAUUGUGCCAGCUUUGCUGAUUACAGAGGUGUCACAGCAAGCCGCAAGACUACGUCGGCUGGAGGUGCCACCGAACCCUACACGAGGAUACUUGGACCCUGCAACUGUGGAACAGCACCGGAUGAUCAGCCAAGUGCGUGGCAAACUCCGUCCUCAACCGUGGAUCAGCGACAGUUUCCGAAGCACCGGCAGCAAAGGUCGCAGGCUGACAAUGACAGUUUAGGUGGUCGGAGCCAGCCGCUCAACGAAGUAUUGGAGGUAGCUAGUGGACAGGAUAUCACGGGUGAAGAAUAUUCUAAUGCGGGACUCCAUAACCGACUGUCUGAGUAUAAAAUGAGAGUUAUUGAUAAAGGAGACGAUCAGCCGGUCGUGGAGCUGUUCAAUAAGAGUCAGAAUGGUCCAACGCAUGUGCGGAGAGUAGCUGCCGCGCCAACGGCCCCAGCGCCCCUAGAGUCACUUGCUACCCACGACAAGAAAACGAAGAAAGUUCGCAAUCUUAAGUGUGACGAGGAUACUGCACAGAUGGAAGAUAUUGUACAGGAACCUAAAAAGGUACACCACGAAGGAUCGCAUCAUCGCCGCAUCAGAUACAGGAGUCGUCGUUAUGAGCUGCCAACGGUAGCGUCGCAGAUGAAACAGGCUGGUAUGCGGUACUACUACGGAACAUCCAACCACACUAACAUACCGUUUGUAGUGAGCAAGAGUACAGCGCCCUCGCACAACAUCGGUGUCAACAUACAACAGGUGUUAAAUGGCCUUAAAAUACAACAGCCAUUAUCAGGGAUACCUCUCACUAUAGCGCAUCAUAUGGGUUUAGGCCACGUACCGACAUAUGGACCGAAGAGUGCAGAUGUAGAGCCAUCGCUAGACCACCGCGAAAUAAAUGCGAUCCGAGUUGGUCGGCGCCUGCUACGGCUACCGUCCUACAAAUACAUGUCCUACAAUCAACUAUUGAGCCUCUACCGUGAGGGAGAUGGCAUGGUCCCUAGGUUCCUCCGGGCCAUAUCACGUCCUCACUAUUUCUACACCUCCAUGUACAAUCUCGCGACAAAUCGAGAAGAUUUUGAUGGAGCGACGUCGAAAGGUCGAGGUGGUAAUCAAGAAGCUAAACAGAGUCUUGCAGAGUACGCUAGUUUAUAUCGGGAGUACGAACAAGUUGAUAAGUGUAUCAAGGAAGGCAACUUCGAGCCUGAACUAGAGCGUCGCAGAGACGAGCUCACGAGAGAGUUGGCUUCGCGGGAAGAACAUAUUCGCAGAGUGGUCCAAGAAUACCGAACAGGCGGUGAAGCAGACCCAAUCUUACGCGCCUCGGCUUCCACGGCCGAAGAUGGCUACCGACACUCUACCUUUAAGUUGGGAGACGUUCAACAGUAG